CGCAACAAAUCCCCCGCAUUUCCAAAACCCACGCGCCCUUCUCGUGGGAAUGGACCAAAAGUGCAAAUGUUACGGGACGUCUUUGUCCCUGCGCGCGCCCUGCAUGUAGAAGCCAGACCGGCCGACCGGCUUUUCCUAAUUGAUUUGAAUUUUGAUUUGUAUCUGCUGCUUCGAUGCCAAGUCCCCUUCUCCUUUUUAUCUGAUCUUGUGAUAAUCUGAAAUGCAACCUUGGCCACAUUGCAGGUCCCUCAUUUAAUCCCCUCACCGAAAUUCAGGUCCCUUACCUUGUCUAUACGACAUACAAAAACCUCAAAUGUAAACCUACCCGUAGGCUGGGCCACCUGAAUCAAACCAACCACAAAGUAAACCAUAAAAAUAAAAAUAAAAAAUGUCCACAACCUCAACCACAAAUGCCGCAGGCGGCAGCGGCAGCGGCAGCGUGCUCCUGGUCAACGGCAAGAUCUUCCAGGCCUCUGCCGCGGCGGACGACAGCAGCCAACAGCCGCCGCAGUUCCAGCCGUGCAUGCUAGUGCAGAACGGCACCAUCACGCACGUCGGGGCCGCCAGCGACGCCCCCAUCGUGGCGGCGCAGCAGGCCGAACCGUCCCUGGCGACGCGGGACCUCGGCGGGCGCACCGUGAUCCCGGGCUGCAUCGACGGGCACCUGCACACGCUCACCAUGGGCCAGACGCAAACCAAGGUGGCGCUGGACGGGUGCAAGAGCCUCGACGACAUCCGGGCCAGGGUGGCGCGGCACGCGCGCGAGAACCCCGACGCCAAGCGCAUCAUGGCCAGCGGCUGGAUGUUCAGCAUGACCCCCGACGGCGUCCACCACGGCCUGCUCGACGACAUCGACCCCCGGCCCAUCUACGUCGACAGCAAGGACCUGCACCACGCCUGGCUCAACGCCGCCGCCAUCGCCGACCUCGGCUGCGAGGGCAUGCCGGACCCCGAGGGCGGCAGGAUCUUCCGCGACGACAAGGGCACCUGCACGGGCGAGCUGGCCGAGGCCGCCGUCUUCACCAUCGUCUGGCCGCACCUGGCCGCCGUCGCCAGCUUCGAGGAGCGCGUUGCAGCCAUCUCGGGUGCCGUCGACGCCUACCACGCCGCCGGCUACACGGGCAUGAUCGACAUGGCUAUGGACGCGAUGGCGUGGGAGGCCAUCCUCGAGGUGCGCCGCCGCCGCAUCGAGAAGCACGGCAGCUUCGGCAUGCGCGUCGCCGCCUACUGGCUCAUCAUCCCCGCCAAGACGGAAGCCGAGCACCUGGCGCAGGUCGACGUCGCCAUCGCCAUGGCGGCCAAGUACGGCAAGGAGACGACCCCAGACUGCCGCGUCGUCGGCAUCAAGGUCGUCUGCGACGGCAUCGUCGACGCCUGCACCGCCUCCCUCCGCGAACCCUACACCUCCAACGCCGCCGACCCCGCCUCCAUCUGGAGCCGGGAGCAGCUCGACCCCGUCGUCGCCAAGGCCGACGCCGCCAACCUCCAGGUCGCGCUGCACGCCAUCGGCGACCGCACCGUCGAGAUGGUGCUCGACGUCAUCGAGGCCCACUGCCGACCCUCCCUCCGCCCGCGCGUCGAGCACCUCGAGCUGACCACCGAGGCCGACGCCGCGCGCCUGGGCCGCCUGGGCGUCACGGCGAGCGUGCAGCCCGUGCACUCGGACCCGGCCAUCCUGCGCGCCUGGCCCAAGCUGAUCGGCCCGCACCGCUGCGGCCGCGCCUUCGCCUACAGCGAGUUCGCCGCCGCCGGCGCGCCCUUGGCCCUGGGGUCCGACGCCCCCACGGCCCCCAACCACCCGCUGCAGAAUCUGUACGUGGCCACCACGCGCCGCUCCGCCCGGGAGCCCGAGCUGCAGGACACGUGCAACCCCCACUUCCGCCUGGGCUUGUGCCAGGCCGUCAGCGCGGCUGGCGCCGGCGCCGCCUACAGCUGCUUCAUGGACGGGGAGACUGGGAGGUUGGACGUCGGGAUGAAGGCAGACUUUGCCGUCGUCGAUAUGGAGUGGGCUCCGGAGCAAUUGCUCGGGGCCAAGAUACUCGAGACUUGGUUCGAUGGACGCAAGGUGUUUGAGGCGUGAAUGGCGGGUGUUCCCGGUGACGUCAUGUAUUGUUCAUCAUGAACAGUGUUGAAUGGUUGUUGAUACUUGGAGUAUAUGUCUUUCAUUCAUCGUUGCGGGGUUUGGUUCUACCGUCGUAGCAGUAGUCAACCAGAUGAGACCUCCUUUGAUAUGUGAUAGCAGCGUAGCAAAGCUCUAUAUGGAAUGCCAGCUCAAUGUUUCUUGACA